AUGCAGUCUUCUGUGCCCACUGUUGAAGGCCUUAGUAGCCCCCUCUUUGGGGCCUAUACACUCCCUGCUUUCAAGUUCCAGCCACGCCAUGAGAGUGUGGACUGGAGGCGCAUUAGUGCCCUGGACAUGGAACGUGUGGCACGGGAGCUCGAUGUUGCCACCUUACAGGAAAACAUUACUAGUGUCACCUUCUGCAACCUGGACAGGGAGACGUGCAGCCGCUGUGGGCAGCCUGUAGACCCUGUGCUGCUCAAGGUGCUGCGCCUUGCACAGCUCAUCAUUGAGUACCUCCUGCACUGCCAGGACUGCUUGAGUGGCAGUGUUGCCCAGCUUGAGGCCCGACUGCAGGCCAGCCUGGGUCAGCAGGAGCGUGGUCAGCAGGAGCUGGGCCGUCAGGCUAACGAGCUCAAGGGCGUGCGAGAGGAGAGCCGCCGGCGCCGUAAGAUGAUCAGCACCCUGCAGCAGCUGCUCCUGCAAACAGGUGCCCACAGCUACCACACGUGCCACCUGUGUGACAAGACGUUCAUGAAUGCCACCUUUCUCCGGGGCCACAUCCAGCGCAGGCAUGCAGGAAUGAUGGAAAGCGGAAAACAGAAGAAGCAGGAACAGCCAGUGGAAGAGGUGCUGGAAGAGCUGCGGGCCAAGUUGAAGUGCACCCAAGAGGAGCUGGAAGCCCAGAGGGAGGCUGAGCGGCAGCGGCAUUUCCAGGAAGCAGAGAUCAUUCGUCAGAGGGAGAUAGAAGCUAAGAAAGAAUUUGAUGAAUGGAAAGAAAAAGAGAGGACCAAGCUUUAUGGAGAAAUAGACAAGCUAAAGAAAUUAUUUUGGGAUGAAUUUAAAAGUGUUGCCAACCAAAACUCUACACUAGAAGAGAAACUGCAGGCGCUGCAGUCCCACAGUGUGAUAGAGUCCAACCUUGGGUCGCUGAGGGACGAGGAGUCAGAGGAGCGACUCAGGCAGGCACGGGAGCUCCAGGCCCUGAGGGAGAAGAUGGAAAUUCAGAAAACAGAAUGGAAGAGAAAAAUGAAGGAACUGCAAGAAGCACACGUGGCUCAGAAGAGGGAGCUGCAGGAGGAGAACGAGAGGCUUCAGGCCUCCCUGUCCCAGGAUCAGAGGAAAGCAGCUGCCGAGUCCCAGCGCCAGAUCAAUGCCCUCCACACCCAGCUCCAGGAGCAGGCCAGGCUCAUCGCCUCCCAAGAGAAGAUGAUCCAGACCUUGUCCCUCAGGAAGGCAGAGGGGACUCAUCAGGGGCCAAAGCCGGCAGACACAGAGGAAGACUCGCCUGAGGAAGAUGUGGAGAGCUCCCAAGAUGGACAGCAGAAGGUGCUGGCAGCUCUGAGGCUAAACAAUACCUUGCUAAAGCAAUUCAAACCAAUCCUGAAGGACACCCUGGAAGAGAAACUUGAAAGCAUGGGAAUUAAGAGGGAUGCAAAAGGAAUCUCAGUUCAGACACUGAGAUAUGUGGAGACCCUCCUAAGAACCCAGCGGGAUCAGAAGGCUGGAAGGUUUUCAGAGUUUCUGAGCCUGAGGGAAAAGCUCAUCAAGGAAACUACCAGAAGAGUGAAGGAGAGACAGAAGAAUGGGGCCAUGGUGGCCCAGCCAGAUGGUGAGUCCCCAGUCAAAAGCCAGUGGAGCCCACUGGUCACCAAAAAGGCUCAGCCAGAGACUAGGACCCUGCAUAUGGCAUCACCAUCCAAGCCAGCAGAAUUGCCCAUGCCGAUGCUUCAGAGCCGUCGUGACAACCGUGGCCCUGACCUGACCCAGGUGCCCACCCCCACUCCAUGCCCCAGAGUGCAUGGGCCUGCCAGCAGCCCUGCUUCCCUAGGACCUGGGCUGAGUACACCCCCAUUCAGUUCUGAAGAAGACUCAGAGAGAGACACUGUACGGCGUGUGUCUCUUCAGCAACCACGAGUUACUUCCAGGAUGGGGUCCCGGCCAGAGGAUGACUGGGACUGGUCUGACACGGAGACUUCAGAGGGAAAUGCCCAGCCCCCUGGCAAGGGUUCAGGAACACUGGUGCAGUUGAUGGUCAAAAACCUGGAGAAGCAGCUCGAGGCUCCAGUGACGAAGCCAGCUGGAGGGGUCAGUCUGUUCUCAUUGCCCAAUACCAGGCCACAGAAAGCUGCCACACCAGGACAGAAGCCUCAGCUUUCUGAAGAUGAAAGUGACUUGGAUAUUUCUUCUUUGGAGGAUCUCCCCCAGGACCUGGACCAGGAGAAGCCAAAACCUUUGGCUCGCUCACAGCUUCCAAAGAAGUUUGACACCAGUCCUUGGAGCUCCAGCCGACCGAGGGUCCCUGGCUGGUGA